UCCACUUCGAAAAAAAUAAACUUUUAUCCAACUUUCCCUAAAAUUUUCCAAAUGAUUAAUCUUUCGUCAUCGAUUUUACUCGUGGCAUGUCUCGCAAUCGGUGCGACAAAUGCAUGGUUCUGCAGAGGAACGACGCUGUAUUGCUACCCAUUGGAAAUUAUGGCGAGGACGUGUCCGUCUGUUAACCCGUGUGCCCCGGCACCCACCACGGUUCGUGCCACGGCACCACCCCCGACUACUACCCGGUCAACCACCGCACCACCCGCCACCACCACCACGGUAGCAACCACUCUCGCAACCACAAUGGCGACCAUGAACGGGACCUGCCCUCUCCUGGAAUGCUGCCACUUUAACUGCUGGAUUGGCGCGGUUUGUACAAAGUCGACGUCACCAACGGCCGCUCCCACGUGCAGCGAUGGCGGCGUGCCCACCAUGUGUGCCAACUAUGUCAACCCCUUUUCCACGUACUGUCUCUCGCUCGGCUGUGCACCCAUGAGCUGUCAGCAGACGACGUGCAACGCCGGGAAUGGGAAUCGACUCUGCACACCGUACUCAUAAAUAGUUUGGUGCGCAUGUGCAGUCGGUCUUCUUGCGAUUCAUUAGUUUUUCUUCUUAUUUAUCCACAUGAGAAGGAUUAUUAUGGCCUACCUUCUUCGUGUAAAUGGUUUGAACUAAACUUGUCUGAGUGUUUAUUUCUGAAUAAAAAUUUGUCUAUUUCAU